GAAACCACAUUAAGUUCUAGUUAGCGAUCCUUCAAACAGCUUCAAACCUUUGAACUGACUCCUUUUCAGUGUAAAAGACAUUCAAAAUGGCCAAUCGAGACAAUGCAUCCGAUCAACUAAAUGAAUAUAGAAAGAACCGCGCUGGCAGACAAACCGAUGUCCUCACAACAUCUACUGGUCAGCCGAUUGGAGACAAGAUGAACUCCAUGACAGCUGGACCAAGGGGACCAAUGCUCUUGAAAGAUUUUGUUUACACCGAUGAGAUGGCACACUUCAAUCAAGAACGUAUUCCCGAGAGAGUAGUUCACGCAAAAGGAGCGGGUGCUUUUGGUUACUUUGAAGUAACUCAUGAUAUUACUCGUUACACAAAGGCUAAAAUGUUUGAAAGCAUCGGUAAGAGAACUCCUCUUUUCAUCCGAUUUUCUACCGUCGGAGGUGAGGCUGGAUCAGCGGAUACUGCUAGAGAUCCCAGAGGAUUCGCAGUUAAAUUCUACACCGAAGAAGGCAACUGGGAUUUGACUGGAAACAACACCCCAAUCUUUUUCAUCCGGGAUCCAAUGUUCUUUCCAUCUUUCAUCCAUACCCAAAAACGAAAUCCCAAAACUCACUUGAAGGAUCCAGAUAUGUUCUGGGACUUUAUUUCUCUUAGACCAGAAACUACUCACCAAGUGAGCUUUCUAUUCUCAGACAGAGGAACACCUGAUGGAUUUAGAUAUAUGGAUGGAUUUGGAAGUCAUACUUUUAAAAUGGUUAACGCCCAAAACGAGGCAGUGUACGUCAAGUUUCAUUAUAAAACUGAUCAAGGUAUCAGGAACCUUUCGGCUCAAAGGGCAGCAGAAUUGGCCGGAAGCGACCCAGAUUAUGCCACCCGGGAUUUGUACAAUGCCAUAGCACGAAAUGAUUUCCCGUCUUGGACCCUUAAUAUACAAGUAAUGACCUUCGAACAGGCUGAAAACUGGAGGUUUAAUCCUUUCGAUUUGACCAAAGUUUGGCCACAUGAAGAAUUCCCUCUUAUACCAGUUGGUAGAAUAGUCUUAAACAGAAAUCCUGUAAACUACUUUGCUGAGGUUGAACAAGCAGCUUUCUGUCCAGCACACAUGGUUCCCGGAAUUGAACCCUCUCCAGAUAAAAUGUUGAUGGGUAGAAUUUUCAGCUAUCCAGACACCCACCGUCAUCGAUUGGGUACCAACUACUUGCAUAUACCUGUUAAUUGCCCAUACAAUUCUAAGGUUAAGAAUUACCAACGAGAUGGUUUUAUGGUGACAACUGACAAUCAAGGAGAUGCUCCAAACUAUUAUCCGAAUAGUUUUGGAGGACCUGAACAAGAUAAUAAAUUUUUGGAACAUCGCUACAACGUGAGCGCCGACGUUACAAGAUACAAUUCAUCAGAUGAAGAUAAUUUCACCCAAACUGGUAUUUUCUGGAGACAAGUUUUAAAUCCGCAAGAAAGAACGAAUUUAGUUGAAAACAUUGCCGGUCAUCUGAAGGACGCCCAACCAGCUAUUCAGCAGAGAGCCGUUGCUAACUUCUCCUCUGCUGACCCUGAAUAUGGAAGAAGAAUCCAAGAACUCCUAGAUUCUUACAAAGCAAAGUCUGGAAAAGCCGAUCCUAAACUUUGAAAUUAUCAAACUAGAAAAAAUAAGUCAUCCUAACCAAAUAUAUAGAAAAGAUAAAAAGAAAACAAAGCUGAUUUCGCCAUAUAAAUAAUAAUAAUAGCUUGAUUAGCAAUCAGUUUUUGGAAUAAAAUAAAAUGAUUCUGACGACAUCUU